CGGGCAGGACCGCCGCUCGGGUCCGCUUUGCGUCCGUUUCGCGAGCUGAGGGGGGAAGGCGAGGCGAGGCUGUGGCCGUUCGCAGCUGCCGGCAUGUCGACAAAGAAUUUCCGUGUCAGCGACGGGGACUGGAUCUGCCCGGACAAGAAGUGUGGAAAUGUUAACUUUGCUAGAAGAACCAGCUGCAACAGAUGUGGUCGAGAAAAAACCACAGAGGCCAAGAUGAUGAAAGCUGGAGGGACUGAAAUAGGGAAGACACUUGCUGAAAAGAGCCGUGGACUCUUCAGUGCUAAUGACUGGCAGUGUAAAACUUGCGGCAAUGUUAAUUGGGCCAGGAGAUCUGAAUGCAAUAUGUGCAACACUCCAAAGUAUGCCAAACUUGAGGAAAGAACAGGAUAUGGUGGGGGCUUUAAUGAAAGAGAGAAUGUAGAGUAUAUAGAACGUGAAGAGUCUGAUGGCGAAUAUGAUGAGUUUGGCCGCAAAAAGAAAAAAUACAGAGGGAAGCCCGUUGGUCCUGCAUCUAUCUUAAAGGAAGUUGAAGAUAAGGAAUCUGAAGGGGAAGAAGAGGAGGAUGAGGAUGGAGAUCUGUCUAAGUAUAAAUUGGAUGAGGAUGAAGAUGAAGAUGAUGCUGACCUCUCCAAAUACAAUCUUGAUGCUAGUGAGGAAGAAGAUUCUGCCAAGAAGAAGAAAGCUACAACUAGCCGGAGCCGUUCCAAGUCUCGAUCUUCUCAUUCACGAUCUUCAUCUCGCUCAUCCUCCCACUCAAGCUCAAGGUCUAGGUCCAGGUCAAGAAGUUCUUCCAGUUCAAGGUCAAGAUCUCAUUCUACUUCCAGAGAACGUUCUAGAUCUCGUGGGUCGAAAUCAAGAUCCAGCUCCAGGUCUUCAGGGGUUCUUCAACCCCAAGAAAAAGAUCUUACUCAAGCUCUCAUUCGUCAUCUUCCCCUGAGAGAAGCAGAAAGAGAAGCCGAUCUAGAUCUUCAUCUGGUGAUCGUAAAAAAAGGCGAACGAGAUCACGGUCACCUGAAAGACACCGCAGGUCAUCAUCUGGAUCUUCUCAUUCUGGAUCCCGUACAAGUUCUAAAAAGAAAUAAUAUAUUAAACGCAAAACUCACAAAAAAUAUAGUCCAGUGCAUGAGACAUUUUAAAGAAGUUGGUGUCUUACUUGGUCAGAAGUGCUAAAUCCUGCUAGUAGAGGUGCAUGUUUAAUGGAAAACUGCAGCUAUUUUAAUUCAUGAAACAGAAUGUAAUGAAAUAUUUUAAGCCAUAAAUUGACCCCAGAAAGGUGAGUAGUGUGAUUUUGGUUUUUGUUUCAAAAUGUUUUGCCUCUCCCCUACCCUUUUCUUUUUUCACUAGGUUUUACAUUUUAAAUUGGAAGGCUCUUAUUUGGGAGUUUUUGUGUGAGAACUUUGUAUGUUAUGAUGCCAUCCUGGUUUAGUCUUCACUUCUACUAGUUGUAGAACUGUCCAAGGCUUGGUAUGAUUGUUAAUCUAUACUCUGAUUCUUAAACUGGUCUGGUUUACUUCUUCCCUCUCAUCCCUGCAAGAACAAAUAAACUAAACAGUUUGUAGUAUGCAGUUAUGCAAAGCAAGGGAUGCUUCAGAGGGAUAGCCAUUUUCCACUGCUAGGUGAUGUGAUUUCUAAGUAAGAAGAACCCUCACUUUUUACCCAAGUGAGAAAUAGUUCCUGUGUAACCAAGAUUUCAGUGGACAUGUAAGGUAACUUACUUUGCUGCUUGAAUAUUUGGCAAAGAAGAAAUGUUCUGUACAAUUUUCUGCUGAGUGUUGUUGCAUCUAUGAGUACUCUUUUGUGGCAUAUAACUUCCAAAGUGUUUAGUUUAAACUGCCUAAGUGCUUGGCGCUUGAUAGCUACAUCCUAGCUGUGAUGCUGCUGCUGUUGCUGUAAACAAAAUAUUAAGUUCAAGAUCCCAAGGAAUAUACGUAGGGUUCCGUACUCACCAGUGCAUUUCAGAAAAGUCUUUGCCUCUGCCCCUAGUGCCUCCUUCCCACAAAAGCUCCUCCUGUAGUGCCCUACUGAGCCAUUCAGUGUGGUGUGAGAAGCUGUAGCCAGAACUGAAAAUUGUGCAGCCUCUUCUCCUCACUCCCCCACCCCUUCACUUCUGGAAGCUUUGGAUUCCACUAAACAUUUAGAAGUUAGCGUGUAGUUAUCAAGCUACCUUAAAUAAAGCAUUUAAACCACCCAAGUUUGUUCAAGGCUUCUGAAAUCUUAAUUAGUUAGUGGGAAUGUAAUAUUGAAAUCCAUUUCUGUGAGCCAAUAAAACUGAAUUCAGACUGGUGGAACUGUAUUUCAGGUUUGUAACUCUUGCAGAAAAUAGCAUGGCUACUCUAAAGUAUUUCAUACCACAAAUCAUUGCAAAUAAUCUUUUUGGACUAAUGUAAAUUUAUGGCUUAAAAUGCUUCAUGAAAUUUGUUUUACUAGCCAAUAUUUGUUAAAUACUGACCAUUCUUAAGCUCCGUUUGCUUGAGAGAAAUAUGUUUCUUCAAUGACAUCCCAAGGUAAGUAUGUUAAGGGAGAUUAAUGCUUCUAGGAAAGAAGCAGUAUGUUUUCAGUUACUUGUGUAUUGGAACAUCUGCUUUGUAAAUCAAACUGCACAAUGACAAACGGAGAAGAACUUGUCUUUAUUUCUUUCCUUUUAUGAACAUCUUACAUUUCUUUUGGAUGGAUCAAAGACAAAGCAAAAUGCUUUGCUGUAGAAAUACUUUGGAUAAAUUUUGCAACAAAAAAAUGCCCUGCAAAUCCUGUAUUGCUUUUUCUUAGGUAUCUCUUCUUUUUUGCUAAAUGUAGCAUAGAUUGCACAAGAACAAAUAGUCUCUUGUAACUGUGCCUCUGACUUCUUGAAAGUCUGUCUACAAUUGUGAAAAUCAAAUUUGCUAGAAGCUACAUGUUAAAGUUAGUUAUUCUUGUGCUUUGUAUUCCUAAGUAUUGUAUCUAAGAAUUUUUUAAACUUGACAAAUGAUAGGCUAGAAUAACUAAGGGAAAAUUUUGGGUUUCAUUUGGCUUGGAUUAAAAUGUACUGGUUUGCUCUAUGAAGAUACAAUUCUGUAGACAUAUGUAAAUAAAGCAUGUCAAUCAAA